AUGGCGGACGAGAAAGGUCUCUCUCAUGCGCAUACUGCCUCGGAUAAUGGUGUGGGAGAGAUCCAUGAUCUUACUCAGCUCGGUUACACGCCAGAAUUGACGAGGAAUAGAUCCAUGCUCACGCUGUUGUUCCAAUGUCUUGCUAUUGCUGCUAUUCCAUAUGGAGAAGGCAGUCCACUUAUGAGUGCCAUCUACGGCGGCGGCCAACUGUCUAUCUUCGUCGGCUGGAUAGUUGUGUGUGUCCUCGAUGAAUGUAUCGCCCUCUCCCUCGGCGAACUCGCCUCCCGCUAUCCAACCUCCGCCGGCCCCUACUACUGGACCUUCCAACUCUCCUCUCCCAAAUCCCGCAAGAUUCUCUCCUUCAUCAACGCCUGGACAUGGCUGAUCGGCAACUGGACAAUCACGCUGUCUGUCAACUUUGGCUUCGCAUCCUUGAUCGCAGGAGCAGUGGGGAUGUACCACCCAGACUACGCAAUGACGAACUGGGAACUCCUCUUGAUCUUCUACGCCUUGGUCAUCGCUACACUUUUCAUCUGCGCACUGGGAAAUAAAUUCUUGCCCAUGGUUGAUACAAUCUGUGCUGCUUUUACUGCCAUCUCCAUCAUCAUCAUCUUGAUUGCGUUGGCCAGCAAAGCAGAUGCCGGACGCCAUUCUGCAGCUUAUGCGCUGUCUCACUACGAUAAAUCUUUCUCUGGAUACGGCAACUUUACUUUUUUCAUCGGAUUGCUACCUGCUGCGUAUUGUUUUUCUGCUUUGGGCAUGAUUGCCUCGAUGGCUGAGGAAUGCGAUAACCCUUCUGUCAAAGUGCCUAGAGCAAUCGCUCUGUGUGUUCCCGUCGGUGGCAUUGCUGGCUUGUUCUUCGUCAUCCCGAUUUGUGUGUUACUACCCAAUCUGGCUGAUAUUGUGGAAGCACCUGCUGCUCAAGCUUUGCCCUUUAUUUUUCAUAGAGUCAUGGGAUCACCGGGAGGUGGCUUGGGACUGACAUUCUUGGUGCUGAUCAUCACGCUAUUUUGCAGCAUCAGCAUCACUACUGCUGCAAGCAGAUGCACAUGGGCUGCUGCGCGCGACCAUGCGAUACCCUUCUCCAACACUUUUGCUUCUGUCAACACGAAGUUGGGUGUUCCUCUCAACGCUCUCUUACUUGUCACGCUCUUGCAACUGUUGCUGGGGCUCAUCAACCUAGGUUCAACCUCAGCCUUUACAGCCUUCGUCUCCGUCGGCGUCAUCGCCCUCGCCAUCUCCUACGCCAUACCCAUCGCUCUGUCUCUACUCAACCGCCGCAAACAAAUCGCCACCGCAAACUGGAAGAUGAGUAAUGCGAUUGGCUACGUUGUUAAUAUUGUAGCGGUGGCUUGGAUUGGGUUCGAGUUGAUUUUGUUUUCCAUGCCUGGCGCGUUGCCGGUCACGGAAGUGUCGAUGAAUUAUGCUAGUGUGGUGCUUUUUGGAUUUUUGGGUAUGGCUGGAGUGUUUUAUGCUUGUUGGGCUAGGAAGGUGUACAAGGGGCCUCCUGAGAGUGAUGCUAUCGAGUAA